AUGGGAAACUGCUGCCUCGAGAGGCCUCGUCGCGGUGGCGGCGGCAGUGCUGGCGCCGUGCAUUACUCCAGGACGAACCCCGUGUGGGUGGCGGAGGAGGAGGAGGUGGACUGGAAGGAGGAGGCGCGCAAGGGCGAGGGCGCCGGCCACGCGCCGGCGGCGACCACGGAGGUCAAGAUCAGGAUCACAAGGAAGCAGCUGGAGGAACUGCUGCGGCGCGUAGAGGACGGGAAGCACGGCGGCGGCGGCGGCGGCGGCGUGCCCGUCUUGGAGGUCAUCUCGGAGCUCCUGUGCGUGGCCAGCACCAGCUCCAACUUCCGGCACAGGGAAGAGGGGCAGUGGCGACCGUCGCUGCAGACCAUACCCGAGUGA